CCAUUCGAUUCACGGUUCAGUCCGGUUCGGUUUCGGACGUUCACAAGAUCAUCAUCAAUUUCAUCGUCGCGAAAUCAUCUUUGAAGAUCGCGAUCGUAGUUCCGAAAAUCGUGCGUGAUCGCAGUUCGUGAAAAUGAUCGUACCAGUACCGGUGGUGCGGUAGUGUUAACGUAAUCAAUGGACAAAGUAACAGUUUUGCACGUGAAGUGAAUAGGUUAUUGCUUAAUUAGCGAAGCGAGCAAGCUUAGUGUCAGCAAGCAGCUGAUCGUAUAUGAGACUUAGUCGAGGCAGCAGCAGGGCGACCUUCAGUGAAUGACCACUUCUGGUUGGUUGCAGAAACAGAGAGAAACCCCACAAGAAGUGCAACUUCGCCAAAAGCUCAAUCGCAUCACUGCCGCGCGGCGUCCAGUCGUCGCACUUAGUAUAGAGUAUCAUCAUCACAUCAUAACAACCACUGAUUAGGUUAUGUUCCCCUUAUCGAAAUGAGACUCCUCUCGCAAUACUCACUUCCCGGCAGACCGGCGGCGGCGACGGCGGCCGGGAGGAAACUAGCCCUGGGACUGCUGGUCGGUUCCUGUCUAUUGGCCAUAUGCCAUCUGCCUCAGCCGUCCCAAGCGCAAGUCAGUGUUGCCAGUGUAAUUUCGGUGCUCCAGCUGGGCAAGGAGGUCAUUACGAGUAUUAUCGAAACGUGGGACCUGGUCGAGGACGUUGGGGAUUUCCAUCUGCCGUUCAAGCGCAGCAAGGACGAGAAGAUCCUGAAGCGAAUGCACGAGCUUAGUCUGCAGAUCGAGCAGAGUGAACAUCAGAUCCUAUCGGCCAUGGAGUUCACCAUCGGUGGUCUGAUGAAGCAGCUGUCGAUCGAAUCGCGCCUGGAAAGCCAGGUUCAGGAUCUGGCCGAUCUGAUGAAUCGGGUCAGCCACCGGGAGAAAAUGAUGCGAUCGUACCUGGAGGCGGACGAACGGGUCGAGACGCACACGCUGGAGGAGUUUGCCCGCAGUACGGUGGCGCAGGACUCGAGCAGUGUGUCCAGUUUGCUGGCGAGGAUCGACCUGCUGGUGGCGGGAUCCAAGGAUCUUCCAUUUAGGAAGCCGGGCGUGUUGGAGCUGUUGCUUCAUGCCACGCAGGAAGCCAAAUCAACGAUCUGCAGCUUCGGCCUGUCGGCCCAACAGGUUCUCUAUCAGCUGUACAAUGCCAUCUCGAUCACGGAACUGAAGGGCUACUCGAUGAUGCAGUUUUCGUGGAUGCUGCUCAAAACCUACGGCAAAGGCAACUUCACCACGGAGGCCAAGCUGAUGCGCCGUCGCUUCGAGGACCGUACCAACCGAACUCAGGCUCUCCUCCAACGGGUCAUGACCCAAGCCAGCCGGGAGUACUGGCGCUGUGAUCCGGACCACGGCAAGCACAAGGAGGGCGAAACCUACGUCCAGCUGACCCGCCUACUCCAGGGCUACAUCGAGAACGAGGUCGACAUGAACACGGACAACACCUGCAAGGAGAACUGCGCCUACUACAACUGGGGCGUCAAGCAGGAACAGUGCUACAAGGAUCUGUACUGCUCCAAGCAGGCCAAAUGCGCCGGGAAGAUGUACAAGUGCGAAUACGUGGACUCCGACAUGUGGAUUUGCCCGGCGGCUAGCAGCAGCAACCGGCGGUACGAGUACAUCGAGUACGAGAACGGGAUGGUUCUGGGGCAGAAGAAACACUGUACCCGGGGAAGCACCAAGGUGGAUUCCUGGUGGCGCUGGCUCUUCUGGCACUGCAGCUACUGCUUCUGCCUGUGCGACGAUUCCGGACCCAAGUCCGAUCGGUACAUCAACAUGCGGGAAUCGGUUUCGGAUGUCAUGAACAACAAAGUCGUCACCGGUCUACGCUUCAUCAAGAAGAACCGAAUCAUCUUCCUAAUGGUUCAACAAGGCAAGCUAAUGCCCCGAGGACAGAUCGACAACACCACCCUCGAAUGGGUUGAACCGGAAGAGUACAACAUCCUCUCGCCGAACAUCCGAUCCGGUGUGGACUACAACAACAUGAACUACGAUAACCGAGCGAUGGAUCUGGACGACAUCAUCCUGCAACCGCCGUACGUGGUAACGGGCGUUCGCUUCCGGAUGCUGGGCACCCACAUGAACCUGGAGGUCCGUAUGACCGAGAUGGACUUUGGAGCCGGUAAGCUCGUCGAUCCGGACAAGAGCAUCUGGGUCGGAAGCGACAAAACGGAACACAGCGAGGAUAAGAGAACCGAGAUGAAACUGGACAAACCGCACAUCCCGAUCCUGAGCGCGACCAAGUCGGUCCCGGAUUCGGAACCGAAUCAGUUCAUCAAGUUCCGCGAAAGUGAUCGCGGUAUGGACGCGGCCCAAACGACGGUCCCAUUCUUCGACGCGCAGCCGGUGGUGCCGGCCAAGCAGACACCCCUCGGUGGAGCCGGUCUGUUCCACAAGGGACGGCCCAAGUUCGGCGGGUUCAUGGCUCCGCGGGUGUUCACCUAUGACGUUGGACCGCACGUGCAGCAACCGCUGGAUCAGGUCAACGAGGAGGAACGGCGACGCUAUUUGGAAGGUUAGAGGCGUGCGUGCCCGUGCGUCGUGGAGAGGAGCGAUAGACUUUAGGUAACCAAUACAACAACACUGUUCGAUGAAUCCAGUGUUCCAGUUCCGAAAUGAGAAAACAGAAGUAGAAUCAAAAUUUGUAAUUAGAUUUGUGUGUAUCUCCCACUUGUAGUAUUACGCUGUAGUAGACGUGAAAAACUGUGCUAAUAAAUUACUCUUAAAACA